AUGCCCAGACGUCCAUCUCGCGCCACCCACAAAGCCAAAGUCGGCACCACUCCCCGCAAAAUGACCACAGGCGAGAAAACCAAGAUUUUCUUGUAUUUCAUGCGUUUGCGUGUCAAUGCCGAUGUCGAUGAGGUGAAGAAAUUCUUGAUCACCGUGUUUCGCGGCGAGGAGAAAUUCGUGCUCAUUGAUCAUAACCUCUCCGUUCCCUGCUUCUUUCUCUAUAUCAUUCAUAGCGAGUCCGCCAUUUGGCUUUCCCAAAAUACCACGUUCGAUUCUGACGGCGUCGCCAGGCUCCUUGAACUUCGUGCCCUAAAUGCCGAUCUUUCGAAGACGUUUACCGUCUUCGACGGACCCUCGUUUCCAAAAAUCUCUUGCUAUACCACCGCAAUUUGCUAUCGAUGCCACGCCAACUCCACCGAUGUGGGCCGCUUCUGCUCAAUCGACAAACUCUGUAAAGGCUCGUCGUGCAAAUUCGUUUACAACAAUGAUGGAAGCUGGGAGGCGGGUUGCUCCAGUGAGCUCUCAGCUAGUGAGCAGAUUACGUGUUCCUCUCGUGGCUCGGUGACGAGCUGCUCAUGCAAUUCAGACUUUUGCAAUAGUUUUAUGAAAUCGCAAAAGGCCGUCGAAUUGACGAAACAGGGAACUGGAAACCCGUGGUGGGGCGGACGAAGGGAACCUGAGAAGCUCAAUAUAUUGCUCCCCGAUCGCUCAUUGGUUUAUUGUGAAGAAUGCGGAAACGUGAAUGUCGAUGGCGAAACCGUGGUGAUUCCGUGCGACAAAUCUCACACAUGUCAAGGCAAUUAUUGUGUUUCAGUGCGCGGAAAAUCGCCAUACUCGUACUGCGGUGGUGUGUGGGACGGCGAGCUUGAACCAGCGUGCUACCUGUCGGCCGACCAGCCAGAAAAAUGCAUUUGCUCGAUGAACAUGUGCAAUUAUUUAUUGGAGCCGGCCGAAGAAAUUGCAACGACCGUGUUUGUGAAUUCUGAGCUUCAGCCAACUCUGGCCACAAUCGCGCCGCCUGAAAAUCAGCCAAUUGCGACGACCACUCAGAAGCCAGCGACAAAGAAAAAGUGCAAAAACGCGAAAUUCUCGCCGAACGACCAAGCCGUUUUCAUGGGCGAGAAACUGAAGGAUGCGAUUCUCAGCGGAUUCGGUGAAGACGGAGCCAUUCAGAAUUUCGAGGAUGACAUUAAUGAUCACAUUUGCAAUUAUUCUGAAGAUGAGUAA